GAGACGGGAUGGGCAAGAGGAGGUGCAUGUGCGAGCGCUGUCACCGGCGGUGCCGCUCCUUCCCAGCACCCCCUCCACCGAUGCUGCUCCUCCGCGCCGCCUCACCUCCGUGGAUAGCACCACGCGUCAAGAUGGGCUGGGCGAGAGGAGGCGCAUGUGCGAGCGCCGUCACCGGCGGCCGGGCUGAGGCCGGCAACGCCGACCGCCCUCGCCGACGCCCUGAUCCGCCAGUUGCUGUUGCUGUCGCCGGCUGAGCUCGAUUCUGGUUGCUGUUGCUGCCGCCACCGGCUUCUCCCCCUCUCGUCGCCUGCCGUCGCCGCUGCCGGGCUUUUCCCUCCUCGUGGCCUGCUGUCGCCGGUGGUGCUUCCCUCCCACGUGGUCUGCUGCCGCUUCUCUCCUCUCGCCACUGUUGUUGUCGUCAGUGGGUUGGGAGAAAAGUGAAGGGGAGGAAGAGUGAGAGAGUGACAUAUGGGUCCUAGUGUCAUAGACCCAUAAUAGAGAGGGUGGAUGGAGAGGCUGUUGGAGUAAGCAACGGGUUUAACUUACUAAAUCAAUUGAAGAGGUGGCUAUAUAUAGAUGUUUAGAGAGUGUGAUUUGGGUGGUGUGUUGGAGAUGCUUUGACCCUCUAUAAAAUUAAGUUGAUACCGGAGCAUAUAUACGCACCUUAGCUAUUAGACCACCACCUUCUUCCGGACUCGUACAUGUGGAGGCUGAAGGUGUCGGAGGGCGGCAGCCCAUGGCUGCGGUCGGUAAACAAUCUCCUCGGCCGGCAAGUGUGGGAGUUCGACCCUGACCUCGGCACGCCAGAGGAGCGCGCCGAUGUGGAGAAGGCGCGCCGCGAGUUCGCCGAGCACCGCUUCGAGCGCAAGCAUUCUAGCGACCUCCUCAUGCGGAUGCAGUUCGCUAAAGAAAACUGUCAAAAGCUGGACCUUCUCGCUGUCAAGCGUGGAGAGCACGAAGACGUCAUGGGGGAAGCUGUGUGGAGCUCUUUGAAACGGGCCAUAAGCCGCGUUUGUAAUUUGCAGGCACAUGAUGGACACUGGCCCGGGGAUUAUGCAGGACUUAUGUUCUUUUUGCCUGGCUUGAUUAUAACAUUGCAUGUCAGUGGAGUUCUGAACACUGUUUUAUCAUCGGAACAUCAGAAGGAGAUGCGCCGGUACAUCUAUAAUCACCAGAAUGAAGAUGGAGGGUGGGGGUUGCACAUUGAGGGCCACAGCACCAUGCUUGGCUCAUCCCUGAACUAUGUUGCUUUGAGAUUGCUUGGGGAGGGUCCAAAUGGUGGAGAUGGAUGCAUAGAGAAUGGUCGAAACUGGAUUUUAGAUCAUGGAGGAGCCACAUUUACGACAUCAUGGGGGAAGUUCUGGCUCUCGGUACUUGGAGUAUUUGAUUGGUCCGGUAAUAACCCAGUGCCACCAGAGUUAUUACUAUUGCCGUAUCAACUGCCGUUUCACCCAGGUCGAAUGUCGAGCUAUAUCCGAAUGGUGUUUAUACCCAUGUCUUACAUUUAUGGAAAAAGGUUUGUUGGCCCAGUAACACCAGUUGUGCUAGAGCUAAGAAGUGAACUAUACAAUGACCCCUAUGAUGAGAUUGACUGGAACAAAGCUCGUACUCAGUGUGCAAAGGAAGAUAUGUACUAUCCACGUUCAUCCAAACUGGAUAUGUUUUGGUCCUUUCUCCACAAGUUUAUUGAACCAGUUUUGUUGCGCUGGCCUGGGAGAAAACUGAGGGAGAAAGCUCUGGCCACUUCCAUGAGGAAUGUUCACUAUGAAGAUGAGUGCACUCGAUACAUCUGUUUCGGUGGUGUACCCAAGGCAUUAAAUAUCCUUGCUUGCUGGAUUGAAGAUCCAAGCUCAGAGGCAUUCAAAUGCCAUAUUGCACGCGUAUAUGAUUAUUUAUGGAUCGCUGAAGACGGCAUGAAGAUGCAGAUUUACGAUGGCAGCCAGGUGUGGGACGCAGGUUUGACAGUUGAGGCCCUUGUGGCUACUGACCUUGUCAAAGAGCUUGGACCAACUCUUAAACGAGCGCAUUCCUUCCUUAAGAAUUCGCAGUUGCUUGACAAUUGCCCCCGAGAUUUCAACCGCUGGUAUCGCCAUAUAUCCAAAGGUGGAUGGACAUUUACAACAGCUGAUGAUGGCUGGCAAGUUUCAGAUUGCACGGCGACAGCACUGAAGGCAUGUCUAUUGUUAUCAAGGAUAUCUCCUGAAAUCGUUGGUGAACCACUGGAAAUUGAUGCACAAUACGAUGCUGUUAAUUGUCUGAUGUCUUUGAUGAAUGAUAAUGGUGGCUUUUCAGCAUUUGAACUCGUAAGGUCUAAUACAUGGCUGGAGCAUAUUAAUCCUACAGAGGCAUUUGGGCGUGUAAUGAUUGAAUAUCCGUAUGUCGAAUGUACAUCAUCAUCAAUUCAGUGUCUAGCAUUAUUCAAAAAACUUCACCCAGGGCACCGCAAGGAAGAGGUGGAAAAUUGUAUCAGCAAAGGUGCUAAUUUCAUUGAGAGUUCUCAGAGAAGCGAUGGUUCAUGGUAUGGUUCUUGGGGGAUUUGUUUCACCUAUGCCACAUGGUUUGCAGUGACAGGAUUAGUUUCUGCAGGCAGGACACUUGGGAAUAGCGCUACAGUUAGAAAGGCAUGUGACUUUCUCUUGUCAAAACAGCUUCCUUCGGGUGGCUGGGGCGAGAGCUAUUUGUCAUGUCAUGACGAGGUUUACACAAAUCUUAAAGGCAACCGACCUCACGGUACGCACACUGCGUGGGCCAUGAUUGCACUAAUUGAUGCAGGGCAGGCUGAAAGAGAUCCAGUGCCUCUGCAUCGAGCAGCCAAGGCUUUGCUCAACUUGCAAUUAGAGGAUGGAGAAUUUCCACAGCAAGAAAUUGUUGGAGUCUUUCUCCAAACUGCCAUGAUCAGUUAUUCCCAGUACAGGAACAUCUUCCCUAUAAUGGCUCUCACAGGGUAUCGCCGCCGAGUACUGCUUGCAGGCAACAUAUAGGAGCAUGAUUUUAAGUUAUGCCAGCUCUUGGCAUGUUGGUUUGCCAAUAAAGUUACAUUUCACCUCCCCUAGCAGCAGUACUCUCUACUGUUCUAGCGUUUGUAUUUUGUAUUUUCUAAGAAAAAAAUGUUUUACCGCAUUUACUUAGUUCCCUUUGUUUGUAAUAAAACAUGGAACAUACUGCUUCCUUGUAGUUACACGUGCGUUCUAAUAAGAAACAUUAUUAUAUCUA